GAGGACUGUGGUAGCAACACUCCCGGGGAGGGCGAGGGAGACCCGAAGUCCAGCCAUGGCGAACGCCAAGAAGCAGAAAAAUGACACGAAUUCCUCAGAAGAAAUCCACGUGGAUAGCAAGAACAUACUACAGUGCAAAGAUGAGCAGCAAAACCUCACUGAAACAGAUGCCUUUGGUGAAAGGAUCAGCCAGCUCUUUGAUCCAUCUGUGGAAUACAAAAUGAAACACAAGAGAAGAGGAGUUGCUUUGAUUUUCAAUCAUGAGAGGUUUUUCUGGCACUUAGCAUUACCAGAGAGACGUGGUACUUGUGCUGACCGAGAUAAUCUGAACCGCAGUUUGACUGAACUUGGAUUUGAAGUGCAAUGUUUCAAUGACCUUAGAGCAGAAGAAGUGCUGCAUAAUAUUCAUGAUGUGUCCACAGAUCAACAUGAAGAUGCAGACUGCUUUAUGUGUGUUUUCCUGAGCCAUGGAGAAGAUAACCAUGUUUAUGCUUAUGAUGCUAAAAUACAGAUACAAAUGCUGACCAAUAUGUUCAGAGGUGAUAAAUGCCCUGGCCUGAUAGGGAAGCCAAAAAUAUUCAUAAUUCAGGCAUGCAGAGGAGAUAAGCAUGAUGAUCCAGUCUUGGCUCAUGAUACAGUGGAUAGUGUUACAGAUCGCUCACUCGAUAAUGAAACUACAUUUGAUGCUGCUGCAGUUUAUACUUUACCUGCUGGUGCUGAUUUCCUCAUGUGUUAUUCUGUGGCAGAAGGUUUCUACUCUCAUCGGGAGACUGUAUAUGGUUCUUGGUAUAUUCAAGAUCUGUGCGAGAUGAUACGAAAGUAUGGUGGUUCCCUGGAAUUCACAGAAUUGCUGAUGCUUGUUAACAGGAAGGUAUCACAUCGCAGGGUAGAUGUGUGCAAAGAUAUUCAGGCUAUAGGGAAAAAGCAGAUCCCUUGCUUUGCUUCAAUGUUAACUAAAAAACUGUAUUUCUGCCCCAAAUCAUCAUAGCACGGUCAAGUAAAUAUUAUU